GUGUUGAAACGUCGCGAUUGGUCGGCCGUCGGUUGCCUUCUGGCAUAUAGUAACUAGCGGGAAAAAUUCAGCUGCAGAACAUUACCGGGAUUUGAGUGAGUCAGUUGAGUGACCUUGAUUGAGAGUUGUGCUUCGCGUUAGCGAUCCUUCGUUAUACUUGGCUUUUUCGUUCCUACAUAUUUUUUGAAUUGAUCGUUCUUACUCGUUCAGCGCACAAGUUUUUACGGGAUUAGUCGACAUGAAGAGCGCGUUUAGCCUACUGAUCUUCGCUUCGGCUCUGUUCGCCGUCGCCUUCGCUUAUCCAGGUGCACGCUCCGCAAGUCCUGAAAGUGAUGAAAAGUCCGAACAGGUUCUUCCGAUUAUCAUCGUGCCCGAGGAUUUGGAUGAUUGCUGCGGUAGCCGUUUCUUCAGCUCAUUUUCUGACAAUCCUUUGGAUGGUUUUUUAACAAGAAUGCAAAACAUGAUGAAGACAUUGAGGGAGCAAGUGGCAGCCUCCCUUCCAGGAUUUUCAAAUUCCGACGACUUGUACGAUCUUCCCAAGAUUCCCGAGGGUGCAAACACCACCUCAACUACAAAGGUGAUCAACGGUCACGUUGUAACCGUUAACGAAACCACGUACAGCGACGGUGACGAAAACGGCAGUACAGUUCUACGGGUUCGCGUUGUCGACAUAAAACCGGCAAACGACGAAGACACAGAGAUUCUGGACACGGAAAAUGUCGCAACAUCUGCCCCGAAACCUGCCAAUGAAGAACCGACUUCUCCCUCAUCUUCACCUACGGACCGCAGUGUUGAAUCCGUCGAAGAUUUCUCCAACAAUGAGAUUCCCGAACGGCUGGUCGCAGUCUAGUAAGCUGGCCGAGAGAGAAUGAGUGAGAAAAUGUGUUUAAUGAAACGAGGAAAACCAUAUAUAAUGUAUAUUUGAUACAUAGUGCAGUCUGUAUUAUACUUUAUAGGUGUAGAUUCGUUGCAUUCGCUUAAUGUCGGGUUUGUUAACAUGUUAUGAACCAAAAACGAAUUAGAAAUAUAUGUUAUAAGUGUGUUGUUGUAUGUUAUAUACAUAUUAUUAUACCUACAAUAUAAGGCCGGUGAUUGGGGAGAAUAUUUUACCGGCUUCUUCCUAUAUUGGUAGGUGAAAUAUAUACUAUAUUUUAUA